CUCCGCCCCCGUGGCCGGAGGCAUCAAAAAGCCCCACAGGUACCGCCCCGGCACUGUGGCUCUCAGAGAAAUUCGAAGAUAUCAAAAGUCCACAGAUCUGUUAAUUCGAAAACUGCCUUUUCAGCGGCUGGUGCGGGAGAUCGCGCAGGACUUCAAGACGGACUUGAGGUUUCAGUCUUCGGCGGUUUUGGCGCUGCAAGAAGCCGCUGAGGCGUAUCUUGUGGGGCUUUUUGAGGACACUAAUCUGUGCGCCAUCCACGCCAAGAGGGUCACCAUUAUGCCCAAGGAUAUCCAACUCGCGAGGAGGAUUCGCGGAGAACGCUCCUGA